AUGUCAACAGAACAACUUCUUACAAAGAAGAAUUCUAACGAUAACCGAAAAUAUAUUAAGAUAUUAUUCACUGAUGAGACGAUACAACCUCUUUUAUUAGAUAUAACUAAUAUACCACUUUCACAUAUCUCUUUGAAAUCCCUUCGACAAACAAUACGAAAUAUUAAGACAAAUGAAACAACAGAUCGUACUUUAAGAUUCUUACGGUCUGGUUCUAUCAUAACGGAAUCAUUUUAUAAGGCACAAAUUAAUAACUAUUUAAAAUCACAAAAUUAUGAACCUUUCUUUGUACAUUGUGUCAUUGGUGUAGAUCAAAUUAGAGAUUCAACGGAAAUUCAAUCAUAUGAACAACAGGAUGAUGAUGGUAUUAGUCAUUUAGGUGGUACUCAAAACCAAAAUGGUAAUGGGAUGGGUGCUAUUGGGUUCGAUAGAUUGAGAUCUGUUGGGUUUAGUGAUGAAGAGAUUGAUCUAUUGAGAUCACAGUUUCGUUCCACAUAUGGUGAUUUGGAAAAUCGAGGAAAUGAUAAUGAUACAAAUGAUGAUUUAAAUGGUGAUGGUACAGAUAAUGACAAUAACGAAAAUAAUAAUAAUAAUAAUACAGGUACAACAGAUAUUAGGGAAUUAGAAGAACAAUGGAUGGAGAAUGGUGUUGGUGAUAAUGAUGAUAGAUUUAAUUCAGUACCAAAUGCUAAUUUUAAACAUAAUAUUGAUUUAUUAAUUGGAAUAUCUGUUGGUUUUACCUUUGGAAUCUUUAGUUUAGUUAUUAUGAAAUUUGAAGGAUUAUUUAAUAAAAGGCAAAAGAUGUCAAUAUUUGCUGGCUUAAUUGUCAAUGUAAUAUUUUCAUUAUUAAGAAGUACAGAUGAGUAA